GAAGGAAACGUCAGCUCACGGUCUAGAUAGUAGUACUAUUUAGACCGUGCGUCAGCUGACGGCCCAUCGUGUGCCUUGCCUCCUGUGUCCCUACAACGUUUAUGUAUCGGGAAAAUAACCAGUGAAUCUGCGUGAUUAUGAGUCUUUUAAAGUGUGUGACAUAUUAGUAAUGGGCCGUGUCCUAAAUGUGUGUGAGGUUCACCAGGAGUGUGGGACAGCUGAUUUUAUCUUUGCAUAUUUCUCGUGAUGACUAUGUAUAGAAAUGUUUCAGCGAUGGAGUGAUAGAGAUAUGUUACUCAUGCCCUAGAACAGAGGCUUUCAGGACAGAAGUCUGCUUGGCUAAGGCAGCAGUGGCUACAGUUCUUUGCGGUGUUAUCCCUCACUGUAUUCACUGUCUUUCAUUACUGACCAGUAGCUACCCACCAUGCUGACGAGAAGGGAGGUGGUGGUAGAGAAACCGUUUCAAGAUCGUCGCUACGAGAACCACAGACGAAAGGUGAUGAGCGCCCUACCCCGUAUCGACACAGGCCCGCCAGUAGAAUACCCGCACUUGGUAGUCAAACUGAAAAAGUUAAGAUUAGAGAAAGACCGACAGGGAAAAAUAUGCGAGGAUAACUUGAAACUAGCGCAUCGAAUGGCCAUCAUAAUGAGGACCAAGCGUCUAGAUAACAUCAAUAUGGCACCUAAAGGACCUUUUGAGCGAAGAAGCAAAUCUAUGGGUAUACGCGACCGUCGCAGGGAGGAUGAGCCCAGCUGGAGCGAGGGCGGGUCCUUGCUACAACAAGUGACCACGGAAGCUGAGAGGUGCAUCAGACCGCCCCCACCGGGUAGGAUGGUGCAGCACCGCGCCCCAGCUGGUGUUUGUCGUGUGCCGCGUGUGGGCCCACCACCACCAGCACCACCUUUGCCGCGCCGUCGCUACCUCGUGCCCACCAUUACACUGCCUCUCUCUUCUCCCAGGUCUCGCCGCAGCCCGUCUCCCAGUUCUGCGUCGGGAAAGUCUUCGUCACACCGCCGCGGCCGCGAAACCACCCGCCUCACACCUUUGUCUACUAGCGUCAGCCGCCGGCCAAGCGUCAGCACCUUGCCCUCCCAACGAGACGAGAAUUCCAGCUCUGCGGGGGACGGGGGAGACUUCGAAGAUUACUCCAGCGACGAUGUGGAGAAAUCUGACGCUAGCAACGAGGAGGAAGAUGAAAAACGAGAAGAGGAUGAGGAAGAAUUAAAGGAAAAGGAGAAGGCAGGGGUAAGAGUGGAAGAGGAAAUCACCGAUUCUGACGACCAUGUUUCCUCCGUGCUUCUCAGUCACCAUCCUAAUAUCACGAUCGACGAGGCAAGCGACGACGAAUUUUAUUCAUAAAAAAAAAAGUAUCCACUGGAACAACAUUAUAUAGCGUGGACCAUUGUUAUAGAUGUUUCAUAUUUUCUGUUGAUAUACUGGUUUGCGUUUCCUAUGAAACUCAAUAAAUUUAUAAUUGUUUGACUAUUGCGAGUGAAUUGUAACUUCUUUUCUUUUGGACACAUGAAUAUCCUAUGAUAAAACACACACACACACACACACACACACACUCUCUCUCUCUCUCUCUCUCUCUCUCUCUCUCUCUCU